GUCAAAAAUUUUCGUUCUUCACAGUGCGUCACAGCGUUUGCUGCAAAGUUAGUGAAAAAUCGUAUUUUCCGGCGUAAAACUGCAUCCCAAUCAGCGAAAAAUGACCUCAAAACACAAGGACAAAGACCGCGAUCGUGACCGUGAUGGAGAAUCGAGCCAUUCGCACGGGAAAUCGCGUGAUAAGGACCGAGAACGCAGAAGGUCUCGCUCUCGCAGCAAACAUCGCGACCGAGAUCGUGACCGGGAUCGCGAUAGGGAUCGGGAUCGUCAUCGAAGACGCAACAGUCGAAGCAAGUCGCGAGAUCGGCGCCGUCGAAGCCAUUCACGCAGUCGUGAACAGAGACGUUCCCGGGAUCGGGACCGAGAACGUGAUCGGGAUAGGGAUCGCGAACGGGAUCGUGACCGAUAUGAUCAGGGUAGUAGCCGCGGUUCUGAUCGUUUGGGAGGUCAUCGUGGUGGCCCACCGCCGGAUAGUCGCGAUAAGGAUAGCGGAUACGAUUACAAGGGAUUGGAGUUUACGCAAAGCGUUAUCGAAUCGAUGAUGUCGACGGCGGCAAAUGCGAAGAAUUUUGCUGAACUGUUGACUAGCUAUAGUCAGCAGCAGCAGAUUCAGCAACAACAGCAACAGAUGCAAGCUCAGAAGGCGCUGAUUGAUGCGCACAAUGAGAAUAGUCAAUCGUCGGAGUAUGGCAGGGAUAACGGUGGUUAUGGUGGAAGUGGUAACAACAGCGGUAGCGAAGCGGAAGCGCGCCGUAAGAAGAAAAAGUCACGUUGGGCUGGUGGCGAUCAUGAUAAGACGUUUAUCCCCGGUAUGCCUACCAUACUGCCAGCCGGAAUGAGUCAGGAUCAGCAGGAGGCUUAUUUGGUCCAGCUACAAAUCGAGGAAAUUAGUCGGAAGCUACGCACUGGGGAUCUGAUGAUAUCGCAGAAUCCGGACGAAAGAUCACCUUCACCUGAACCGAUCUACAGCAGCGACGGCAAGAGGUUGAACACCCGUGAAUUCCGCACCAGGAAGAAGCUUGAAGAGCAACGUCAUCAGCUGAUCCAGCGAAUGCAGUGCAUGAAUCCGGACUUUAAGCCCCCAUCGGAUUAUAAACCCCCGGUGAUUCGAGUUAGCGACAAAGUGCUCAUUCCCCAGGAGGAACAUCCGGAUAUAAACUUCGUAGGUUUACUGAUCGGACCGCGCGGAAACACGUUGAAAGCCAUGGAAAAAGAUACCGGUGCUAAGAUCAUAAUCCGCGGAAAGGGUUCCGUAAAGGAGGGUAAAGUUGGCCGCAAGGAUGGACAACCACUGCCCGGUGAAGACGAACCUCUGCAUGCAUUUAUCACAGCCAGCAAUCCAGAAUCGGUCAAGAAAGCCGUCGAUCGGAUUAAGGAUGUUAUUCGGCAGGGUAUCGAGGUCCCGGAGGGACACAACGAUCUCCGGCGAAUGCAGCUGCGAGAACUGGCACAACUAAACGGAACACUUCGCGAGACCGAUGGUCCUCGCUGUACAAACUGUGGUUCGAACGAACACAAAACUUGGCUCUGCCCGGAUAAACCCAACGUGACAAACAACAUCGUUUGUUCGUCCUGCGGUGGAGCAGGUCACAUAGCAAAGGAUUGUCGCAGUAAAAGACCCGGACAGGGAGGACCCCCAACCGGUAACACCCAGACCAAAAUUGACGAAGAGUACAUGAGUUUGAUGGCAGAACUGGGUGAAGGUCCACCACCGGAAACCACCCAUCAAACUACCGGCCAUUCAAAAUCCUACGGACUGUUCGAACCACGGCAAGCUCCACGACCUCUGAUGCAAACGCCACACCUACCCCCUCCACCACAACAUCAACCCCAGGCGGUACCGACAACCUCUGCUCCAAUGCCGCAUCCCCCACAAAUGAGUCAAUGGGGCCAUCAGGCUAUGCCUCCCAUCCCUGCUCCUCCACCACCUCCACCCGGUAUAACACCGCUAAUGUCAUGGGGUCAACAACCACCUCCCCCGGGUGGCAGUCCCGAUGUACUACCACCGGGAACGGCUCCACUCCCUCGAUUCCCUCAAGGUUAUCCUCCGCCACCGGGUGUCUCGCAGCAACCCCUAGCCCCCGGUACCGGACCAGUUCAUUCUUGGGGUGGAAGCAAUGGUUCGGCUCCACCGCCACUUAUGCCACCAGGUACGUGGCAAAGCUCGAGUGCUAGUGGCUAUAUGCAACCGCCACCGAUGCCUCCGGGAAUGCCACCUGCCCAUUUGCUAAGUGCACCUCCUCCGCCACCACCGCCAGCGUCUUAGGGCGAUGCACAAAACUUUGACAAUUUACCCUUAUGGACUUUGAAAAUACAUUCAUGGACAACUACUGCUACCGGUAGCGAAUAUGCAUUAAUCAAAAAAAAAGUUGGAUUAUUAGUUGUAGCUGCUUGUUUUCUACGUCAAAAGAAGUUCAAUAAAUAAAAGAGUGCCGGACAUGGAUAGGUGGUAGUCGAA